AUGUCUCCCGUUCCGGCAGAAGACGAUCCACCGCAUCGAGACCAAUAUCGCGCAGUCGCCGUAACUCAAGUGGGUUACAAUACAAAGCAGCAAUCAUGGCGAAUAGAGCUCUCGAACUCUCCAGAAGCAUGUACACUUCGACUCCCGCAUGGCGACGUCCAAGAAAAGCUCCUCAGGUGGUAUUUAGAGGAUUAUCCUCUUUCAGAUCCACUGGAAAGAACCAAAAGGUCGAGCGCGGAAGCUUACCUCAAUCUAUACGGCCAGAAGCUGCUUGAACAACUUCCGCCGAUUUCGUAUCCGUCGCAUCCCUCUGGACUGUCUGUUCUGGUACAGGGAGAAACGAAUGGAGUGCAAGUGCGGAGUAUCAACGAGCUUCAUUGGGAAACCCUUGAAGCGGAACUUACCAGCAACGAAGAGGGGCAGGUAACUGUCAUAAGGGUGGUGCCGACGAAAACUUUCCCAAAAGAUCGCUUCGCGCACCUGAAGACACCCGGUCCCUUCAGAAUACUGCUGAUUGUUGCACGCUCGGACCUAUCAGAGACUAAUCACCGUGUAGCUACCAAUUCACUGAUACGGUGCGCCGAGUGCCUUGGCAGCGAUGUCCUGCAGGUCGAUGUUGUUAGACCGGGGACAUUUGCGGCUUUCAAGAAGCACCUAGCGCGGGCAGCGAAACGUGGGCUGUACUAUAAUCUGAUACACUUCGAUAUGCAUGGGAGCGUGAAGGAGAGGGGCACGGGUAGCAAUGCUAGAGCGCAGGCUUCGCUCCAAUUCUAUCCGAAAGAAGAAGAAGAAGCGACAAAAGGCGCCGUCAGAGCUUCGACAGUUGCCAGCGUCGUGUCGAAAUAUAACGUACCCUACGUUGUCUUGAACGCCUGUGAGAGCGCGUCCACCGGAGCUGGGGCUGAAGCGAAUCUCGCCCGCGUCUUUGUGCAGCAUGGCAUACCCUUCGUCCUGGGGAUGUCCUACAAAAUGUUGACAAGCGCUAUCAAUGUCUUCGCUACAAGCUUUUACAAGGCCCUCCUCGUUGACGGAAAGUCCUUCCCGAUUGCUGCCGCCAUGGCUCGAACGUCGAUGCGUUGGUACAAGUCGAGAACGGCGAGGCUAGGGUUACCCAUCACUCUCGAGGAUUGGAUUGUUCCUGUAACUUACGUCUCACUCGAUAUGGUUGAUCCUCGUCGCGUCUGCCAUCAUCGAUACAUCCAUCGCCACAGAGACCCGACAAUGAUCGACCUCUGCAACCGCUGGGACACUGAGCUCCUUAACCUCGAGACAAAGCUCCUUGAUCCAUGGGAUUGUGGCGCAGGUCCUGUCGUGAAUCUUUACGGCUUCAGUGGGAUCGGAAAAACUACGUUAUUAGAGCACUGCUUGCGGUGGUGGACGAAGACUGGAAUGGUACAGAAGGCGGUCUAUUUCAGCCUUCGCCAGAGCGGAUACGUCGAACCAACCUCAAUUCUUCCGCAGCUCGCACGAGCGCUAAACAGCCGAGAGCCGAACCCUAUCCACAUCGUGUCAUCUAUAGAACCAAACCCUUUCCCGCAUCUGAACGGUUCUCUUGACGCCAUCUUCGACUGGCUGACAGCUUAUGAAGCCGACCGGAGGUUUCUAUUAGUGAUAGAUGACUUUCCAACAUUCCACUCUCUGCCAGACUCAUCUCCCUUGACAAGGGAGGAAAAGAUCGCCUGGAAGGAUUUUCUCUAUGGAGAGUUUGCGCGAUUCCAAAAGCAGGCUUUGGUCGUCAUAUCCUCCACUUCGAAGCUGCAAUGGCUCUCCCUUGAUUCGCGGUCAGAGGCAAUCGAAGACGAUACGGUCAUCGAGGAUCCGCAUCUCAACGGAGAUGACAGUCCCACAUCCCCAUUCUAUGCUAUUACAGGAUUCAUGACGUUCCUUUCUGAGACCAAAGGUUCGGAUUCGCCUUUCUGGAUGAGCCUAAACGACCCCGAACAGCUUCAACUUCUAAGGGAUAUCGCAGAGUACUUUGGUUAUCUGCCAGCGCUGGUGGAACACUUUGUCGCUCAACCAAUCAGGAAUACUACUACACCAUCCGAUGAGACGUAUGAGGACCUUAAAUCUAUGUACGAAUGCUUUCUUCGCAGCCGAGGACCUCCUGUUUCGCUUGAGCACGAAGAUCGCUUCCUUGAGACGUUGCCCGUCACACACGUUUGCGCAGAGUACUUCAACCGACAGGGUCCAGUCGAGAAGGCGAUACUACUUAGCCUGUCCAAGUUUGUGGGCUAUCUAGGAGACGAUUUAGCGAGCUAUUGGCACGACUACAUCCAGUGCUUGACUAAGGACACGUCUCGUUGCUUGCCUCGAGAAUACCAUUCGCAUCAUCUGCCACACUGGAUACCGCACAAGCACAAGCCUAAAUACUGGCUCCUCGCUCUAGGGAAGGAGAACGUGGAAGAGGAAGUGUUACUGCAGAAGGGAGUCAAGAUACUGAGGGAGCUCCGCCGCCUCGGUUUGCUCAAGCAGACAUUCUUUUUCCUGAAGCUUAAUGGCGGACGUCAUUCGGCGAAGGAGCCCGCAUACCAGAUUCAUCCGUGUCUGUCAAUAUUUCUACAACAGAGAGCACAAAGAGAAAUUCCAAGGCCCGACAACUACAGUUCUAGCGAUACGUGGACUUUCCAAGCUCGGACAAAAGCUUCCUUCCUCACAUAUUUACGCCGCCGCAUGGAAACUUGGGAUGGCGCAUCCAGCCCAUUUACUAUCGAGACGGAUUCUCCCGAGUUCUUUCAGGGACUUAACAGCAAUGUUGAAGAAGGGAUGCUCAGAAAGAGCGUUCUGGCCGGCCUGCACAUGUGGCUCGAAAUGGAUUCCGACCACCAAGAUAUCAGCUAUCCUAAGGCUGUCUUUGAUCACUACCUGGCACCGUGGCCGGCUAUGACGCGGGACAUUGAACCGUCCACGAUCGCAGAUCUUGUCGAAGAGGUCCGUCCUUUCCUCGAAUCACACUUUAUGAGUGAGUAUAGUGACGCGAGGGAGCUACAACAGCACGCUUUCUCCCGCUCAGAGGCAAAGCGCCGUUCGCGGCUAAGCCAAUCAAUGGAGGACACGAAGGUGACAGAGGAGCUCAAGAAGGCCCAUGAGGAACUGGUUACGUCACUGAUUGCUCUCCGAGAAGGACUGCAGGCGGGGACUUGGCUCGUUUGGUACAAUGUCCUGCGCGGGAGGCCGAGGGCUGCACUGCAGCACAUAGAACGCAAUCAAGCCCUUCUAGCGCAACUUCCGCACCCGAAGUUCAACGAGAUAGCCGGGUUUGUGCCGGGUCUUCCGCAGGAGAUCAGACAUGCCGAACUUGUUGCUGGCUUUCUAACCCAACCCUCGGAUGUUUCACUCUCCCAGCUCGACAGGAGCGAGAAAAGCUGGGAGAGCCUAUUGGAGAAGGCCUUCGACUGGGCGCUUCGGAUAGACGACCCUGUUGCCAUGAAGUUUAAUGCGAUUGGACCAAGAUUGCUAAGAGAGGGUCUUCGCAUCAGCCGGGCGGGCAUGACGUGGGGCCUUCGCACGAAGGAGGAGAGGGAUGCGCUUCACACGUGCAGUACGAAACUGCUGCGAGAAGCUUUCGAAGAGCUAGUCAGCAUUCCUUUUGGCUGGUACAAGAACCGAUCGAGUAUGCUCCCGCGGCUGCUCUCCGAAAUGGCUAGCCAUUUCGGGAUGAACAUCGGCGACUCCAGUCUCACAGCCGAGGCUGUCCUUGAGUUCAUAUCUGCGAUUCCCAAAGACAUUGCCCGUCCUCUGAAGAAGAUCUACAGACUCUUCGAAGCUGCCAGAGCAGACGUGACGAACGGCCAGUCACCUGCUCGGGUCUUUGAAAUCUACCAUGAGCAAUUAGUUACCCUAAUUACUACGGCAUGGCGGAACGCGAUCCUAUUCUUCCUGGACUAUACCGCGUCUACGAAUCGGCUCAUUGAAGCAAUGGCCUACCACCAAUUCAUUAUCGCGGAUUACUUCUAUCGGCAAGACUGGGAAGCGCUGGACAUUCAUCUAACGCGUCUCACAUCUCACACCGAGCGCGGUGGAGAACCGCAAUGGCAAUUCUGUCGCGGCGUCUGCGCGCUACGCUUGCGUCGCUGGGAAGAAGCAGGCGCCUGCCUCGAAAAAGCUUUUCAGGCUACGCACAACCUCACCCAGUACCAGCUCUCCAAUUUCGCCUUGUUUGGUGCUAUGGGCGUGUUCGCAGUCCGCUGCUUCAUUCUCCGCCAUCUCAUCGCGUACAAGUAUGCUGUGCCGGCGGAGCGCGACACAUGCUCGCUGCCAACGUGGAGUCUAUAUCUGCAACUCUGGAUCCUAGGCUACGCGACGCACAGAAAGAUGAACUAUGCCCAGUCGGGCGGGCUUUUGGAGUUGUUCACAGAGCACUACUUCGCGCUAUCUCUUGAGCCUCGCCCUCCGGAACGUGUCCUCGAUCAGCCAACGGAACACGAGUAUGGUCACGCAAUGAAGUGGUAUGAUACCCGGGAAGGUCGGAGCAUCAAAGAACUGAGUCUUCCUCGGCAACAGCUGGAAGCGCAUAUUCUCAUUGAGUUCAUACGCCAUGCAUUGAAGAAGGGAUUCUUGUUUGACGAUGAUGUGGAACAGACGGUUUUGGCUGCGGAGACGUUCUUCAGGAGCUUUCAGCUUGAGAGGACAUUCAUGGCCACACAUGAUGAGCAUUCGGUGAAGAUGUUUAGGCAGCUGAGCGAUAGGGUGUUAGAGAUGAAGGAGGAUAGGAAGAUAAUUUUUGAAGAGGUGGAGAGAAACUUGUUUAAAGGGAGGGACGCUGAUAUUGUGGAAGCAUCAAGUUCGAAAAAGCUAUGA